UAGACACAAUUCAAACACCUGAUACUCCUUUAAUGUGACGGUGCAACAAUUGUCAAACAAUCCUCUGCCAGAAAGGCUCUCUCUUUUUCCAACUCCCUCUUCAGUUUCAACAUCAUCACCACCAUAACAAACACCAAAUAACAAGUAUCCAUACAUGGAAUUUUCUGAUCUCCAUCCUUUCUCAAUAGGUUUCUAAAGAAGGCAAAAGAAGAAAAAAAAGUACCAAACUUCCACCUGCCAUUUGCUACAGAAAGACAAAAUGGAUAGAUAAACAGAAUAGCCCAAAGCCAUGCUUCCAUUUCUCUUUCUCUCUCUCUCUUUCAAAACCAUGUUCAUUUCUACACUUUGCCGAGCAGUAGCUGUAAUGUGCUUUGAAAAACAGUGCUUUUGAAGAUCCUCCUUGUACACUUUUUUACUAGAAUAAAAAUACCCAACACCCUAAUCAUUUCAACCCCACAAACCCUCCUCCUUGGCCUUUCUUUUUAUAAAUCAAAGGGAACCCAUAAAAGAAAAAGCAGGAAAAAAAAAAAGGAUAAAGAGAAGAAACCCAUCUCUCUUUGGAUUGGAACACAAUCUUCUUCCUUCCUUUUUUUUUUCUUCUUUUUUUCUCACUCACUCUGUUUUCACUCUGCUUUUCAAAGGUAUCCCAAUCUUCACCCCACCAACCGCCAUUUCUUCAUCUUAAAGCUUCAUAAUCCAUCAAUGUCAUUCUGUAAUUACUAAAAAGAGUAGAAAAAAGGGGUUGGAGAAUAAAAGGAAAGAUGGAUGUUGGUAGAAGAAAAGUAGGGGUUGGUAGCAAUAGUGUGGUUUCAGGGUCUGUUUGGGAGAGUAGAAUGAAGAUGGAUGAAGUGAAAGGUGGGAUUAAGGUCUUCAAUGGAGAAGAUGGGAGUAGUAAUAAAGAAGGUAAAGUUGUAACAAGAUCAAUGUCUAAGAGAAUUAGUUUAGAAGGAUCUGAAAAGUCCCCAAUUCAGAUUGGUAAAGGGAAGAGAAAUAGCGAUGACACAAAGAGUCCAAUUCAGCUUCGGAAGAUGAGAUCUGAAGAAAUUGAGAGAAGCCCCAAUCAGCUUAGGAAGUCGAAAUCCGAAUUGGUUGAGAGAAAUGAAAAAACCCAAAUUCAACUCAGGAAGGUGAAAUCGGAGUCUGUGAAGACGAUCGUUGAUGAUAAUGUGAAGGCCAUUGUUGUUGUCGGUGGGAAAAAUGGAGGAAAUUCAGAGCAUCUUCAAUGUCCAGAAUCGGAAUCGAACGAGGAAUUGAGUGAAAUCGAGAAGGGAAUCCAUGGAUCUAUUAAGGAAAUUGAGAAACCUCAAGUUGAGAUUGAGACAUCUUGUAAGGAAUUUGGAGUUUGCCAUAUUUCAACCAUGGCGGGUCCAAUCAAAUCCACUCAAAAAGUAUCGAUCAAUGACAAUGAAAAUGAAGCCAACGAAGAGGAAGAAACAGAGGAAGAAGAAGAAGACGACGACGACAAUGAAAUCGAGAAGGAAAGCUUCGAUAUCAAGGAGAUCAAUUUACCAGAACCCAAAAAAGUUGUGAAUGAAGUGAAGAAAUUCCACCAAAUCUACGAAAAACCAGUUCCAAAUUCCACAAAACCCACUUACACAUCAAAAGAGUAUCACAACUUCCAAGAAAAAGGCAACAAAUUGCAAAGCUUAGUGGAUUUAAUAAUGUGGAAGGAAGUAUCGAGAUCUGCCUUCGUUUUUGGGAUUGGAUCUUUUGUUAUAAUAUCAUCUUCAUACACUAACGACAUCAACAUCAGCUUUAUUUCUGUGGUGUCAUAUGUGGGACUGUUCUACCUCGCUGCCACGUUUUUGUAUAGAUCCAUUAUUUGCAGGGGAGCCAUUGAUAUGGAGAAUGUAAGGAAUGUGGUUGGUGAAGAAGAAGCAAUUUGGGUACUCAAAUUGUUACUUCCUUACUUGAAUGAGUUCUUGUUAAAGCUUAGAGCUCUGUUUUGUGGAGAUCCUGCCACUACAAUGAAGCUGGCUGUACUGCUAUUUGCCUCGGCUCGAUGUGGCUCCUCCAUAACCGUCUGGAAAGUGGCCAAAUGGGGAUUCUUUGGAGUGUUUACUUUACCCAAAAUCUGCUCUUCGUAUUCCUCACACCUGGCUGCUUACGCUAAAUUUUGGGUUCGACGGUUUCGUGAUGCAUGGGAAUCAUGUUCUCAUAAAAAAGGUGUUGCUCUUGCAAUCUUCGUUCUUGUUUGGAACUUGUCCUCUGUCGUCGCUCGCGUCUGGGCUGCAUUUAUGCUUUUUGUAGCGUUUAGAUAUUACCAGCAAAGUAUACAAACAGAGGAAUACUGGGGGGAUGAGGAUGAUCAGGUUGAAGAAGAAGGCGAUGAAACGUGUCAAGCUUCCAUCGGAAAGGAAAAAUAUGGGAGUGCUUCCCUUUUUGGAGGCAUUGGCAGCAGUGCCAAGCAAAAGAAGAAAUUUUGAAAUUAAAAAUCUCAUAGUAUUUUUAAAAAUAAAUUUUGGGUAUUUUUACUCUUUAGCUUUCAACUUCAAUUCAAUCAGCAUAAGUCGUAGUAGAUGCUUCCUUGCUGUUUGAUAUAAUUCUAUGGUCCAUUUUUAAAAAAGAUCGUCAAUUGUUUUGUUUUUGUUUGGGCUACAUAUAUGUAAAUAUUUGUGGGUUAGUGUUUAAUAAAAUCAAGCAAUUCCAUUA